ACGAGCUGUCUCUCCUCCCCUUUCUGGGGCGCGCGAUGAUCCAAACCUCACACCGCUUGGCCGGGAACCUCCUCGAGGUCCCAAAGCAUUGAUAGACUCCACGCGCGGAGGAUAUAAUGGUGGUGGCGGUGGUCGUGGACGAGGCAGCGGCUAUCCUCCACCACGCGGCGGCGACUUUCGCGACCGAGAUCGAGACCGAGAUCGUGGUGGUCGAGAUUUUCGAGACGGGCCACCGUUUCGCCGAGAUGAUCGCGACCGCGAUUGGGGUCGAAGAGAUCGUAUAGACCGGGAUUUUGAUACUCGGGAUGGACGCGGAGCUUUUAGACGGUCUCGCUCGCCUCCUCCGCCAAGAGAUGGUCGUGAUUUUCGAGAUUUACGUGAUGGCGGGCCUCGCGAUGGUGAUAUAGUAAGAAUGCGCCGCAAUUCAAGGGAUAGUCUUGUUUCGACAUCAUCGAAUCCUAACGAUGGUCCGGCCGUUGGUAUUGGCCCGACUUCGCAUCGAGGUGGCCUUGGACGUGGUCGUGGACGAGGCGAUUGGGAUGGCGGCAGCGGAAGAGGCCGAGGCCGUGGUCAUUAUCCGGACGAUAGAGAUUCUUUUCGACGCCGGAGCCGAUCGCGUGAUGGCUGGUGGGAUCGUGAUCGCGACCGCGAUAGAGAUUUCAGAGAUAGAGACCAUCCCCGAGACGUUCGUGACAGAGAUCGGGAUUUUGACCGACGAGGAGAUCGCUUUGAUCGACGAGAUGAUGAUAGACGGGCUGAGCGAGAUGACCGUGACCGUCCGCCGGAAGCUUGGAAAAAGGACUCAGGCCCUAUACCACCUCGUGCAGAUUCGCGAAUCCCUAGCGGUCCCAGAAGCUCAUCAAUACCUCCUCUGGCUUUAUCUAGUGUUCCAAGGAGUGAAACAAAGGCUCUGGAUCAACCACCCACGGAUCCAUUUCGCAAGGUUUCCACUGCUCCCGCAAGAGAUUUCCGGCGUGAUUCUGAUAGAUCCGAUUUACUGCCAUCUCGUACUGAUGCUCUUUGGGAGCCCGUUCCUCCCAAAGGAUCACCGCCUCCCUCUGCACCUCAAGUUCCUGCCUUUGGGUCUGUCACGCUACCCUCCAGUAUUCUGUCGACCGAAAAACCUCCAGCUUCCACCCAAACGACACAAUCAACAGCUCAAAAGGCUGACCGCCCAGCACUUUCUGCUUCCGCAAAGGAGUCGCCAAAAGAAGCGCCGACAGAACCCAAGGCACUUCGCAAUGACAACCAGGCGCAGCAACCAGAGUCUCGCCCUCGUAGGGACAGUUUGUCAGAAUCGUGGAAACAGGAUUCUACACGUGCCGGUGCAAAAGCGCCUCCAACUGGCCUUGCUGUUUCUCCUCACAAACCAGGAAUCGACAUAUCACCUCCGACCGCUCCAGCUGCUUUGUUGAAACGGGAUAGUGCGUCGGAAACGAGACCACCCAAUGAGCCAUUCACUAGUGUCUCAUCACCACAAGGACCAGCUUCAGUGUCCCCAAUCCUCUCGCGAUCGCAACUCUCACCUGCUGGUCGUGGAGGCUCUCCCCAGACUUCACCUCGAAUGCCAUUUUCUAGUGUCCCAACCGGGCCUCGCGCUGGCGUGCGGCCGUCGGUUCGUGGUGGUCACGCAAAGAGCAAACAAUGGCUCCGUCCCGGGUAUAAUCGCGGGCCUCCUAGUGCGAAUGGUCCUCCGGGCAUGCGGCGAGAGCCAUACGAAGACCGAGACCAGCCCGACCAUCAGCUUGUAGACGACAAAUCCGAAGACCCUGAGCGUGAAUUCGAAGGUCAUGCUGAUAGAGCACUUCCGGAUAAAACUGAAACACCUACUGCUGAUGAAAUGAUGUCUCUCAAUGCUAUUCCUCCUGCGACUUCAGCCGAACCAGAAGAUCUGAGAGAAAAAGCCAAGCUUCAAGAAGAAAAAGACAAAUCCAGCGACAAACACAAACGUGAAGUAGAAUCCGGGGAGAAAGCUACAGAAGUUCCGGCUCUAUUACCUGAUUUAUCACGUUCGAGCGAGGAAGAAGAAGAGGACGAGAACGAGGUUUUCACUGAGGAAUAUGUCCAAGAACGAAAAGCAUUGUUUGAGAAGAGUAUGAAGGCAUUGGAGCUCGAAAUGCCCCCUCAGGUCUUGGACGACCCGACAAUUGUUGAUUUGCUUGUGAAAAUUCAGUUACUGCGCAUGAUCGCAGAUGGCACCGUCCCGGAGGAACCCGAACCGUCAGCUCUUGAAACGAACAUCGAUCAGUCCAAGAAAAUCCUCACUGCUAAAGAGACUUUCAAAGAAGCCAUGGAGAUAGACGAGAAAGAAGCUCAGCCUGCACCUCCUGUCGAAGACGCCAUCGCAGUUGAGUCCGUUGAUAAAAGAGCAAUUACUGUUGAUUCUUUACCUUUUCUCAAUUCUGGUCCUCCUACUCCAAUCUCGGAACUCGAUGUCUGUCAGGAGAAUGCCCAAACCCAUGAGCGGAUCAAAGAAGCGAUCCGUAACACAGUUGCUAAACAGCGAAAGGAAGCGGCUCAAAAGAACAAACAGUUGCGAGAUGAGUAUGCGAUUGUCUACCGACCCUGGCGCAUGGUUGUCCGGGAGUUGGAUCACAAAAAGGACAGCGAAAGAAAAGCUAGCACUCCCAGCGCUGCUACGCCACCGGUAACACCGCUUCCCCCGCCGAUUCCCGAAGGUCGAGAGGGUAGAAGGUACAAAGGCAAUAGUGAACUGGAUUUCCAAAAUGCUCUGAGAGCGUCUGCAAUCUCUGCGCAAGAAGAGUCCGAACGUCGUCGUCGUAUGGAAGCAACAGCACGACCUGACCUUGACCGAGAAGCCGUGGUUCCAGACAUGCUUAGGAGUUACGAGGUCCAGUCCGGUAUCUUCAAGGACACCAACAACUGCGUUAAGGUGUCUGAUGCCUUGACCAUCUAUGAAUUCUACCCGCCCGAAGACGACUUUACGCCUGAAGAGCAUAAAAUAUUCACUGAUGCGUUUAUGGCAUACCCGAAAAAGUGGGGAAAGAUUGCAGACGAACUGCCUGGACGAACCUUUUCUGAGUGCAUUAUGCAUUACUAUUUGACUAAGGAGGAAAUUAAAUACAAAGCCAAGCUUAACAAGAGAUGGAGAUCGCAACGCCGUACCCGUAAAUCGACCACACGACCUAAGUCCAAUGCCUUGAUGUCCGACUUGAAAGCCGAUGGUGAGGAUGAGGAAGCUGUGCAGAUGACAGAAACUGGCCGACCACGCCGUGCUGCUGCUCCCACGUUCGGUGGUGAUGCAGGGACCGCAGAAGUUGAGACUACACGUCGCGGUGGUGCUAAAGAUAGUGACCAAGGUGAGAAGCCUGCCAGCAAACGCGGUAGAGGAGGUGGCACCGGCACACGGGGAGGGAGACGAGGACGAGGCGGUGCGCAGACUCAAACACAGCAGCAGCCACCAGUUCCUAUACCUUUGGCCCCGACCAAUCAGCCUACUCAAACUGUGCAGCAGCCAAUUCCCGCUUCGACCAGUUUUGUUCCACAGCAGCCCCUGGCCCCGGCCACUGCAGUUACUUCUGGUGUACCGCUCAUGGCAAAGCAAGAACCCGGAAUGAUGGAGCAUCCGUCAGCCGAGACGAUUAUGCGUGUUAAAGAACAAAAGCGAGAAGCAACCGAAGAAUUUAUUCCCAAGCCAAGGUCCUCCCGAACGCGUGGCAAGGAUCCGAUCUACGUGUUCGAGGCUACCAGCAGCGACCAUGAUGCUCUUGGUAGUAAACCCGCAGCUGAAAUAGGCGGAUAUGGUUCCAUGCAACCAACUAGCUACUGGUCGGUUCCAGAAGUGCGCGACUUUCCCGUGUUAUUGGCUCAUUUCGGUAUGGAUUACGAUGGUAUAGCGGGUUUUAUGAAGACAAAAACUCCUGUUAUGGUUCGAAAUUACUAUCAGCGCAAACUCGAUUCAGGCAAUCAUGAGUUCGAAGAAAUUGUAAAGGUUGCUGAGGCCAAGAAGAUGCGAGGAGAGCCCACUGGCCCGUUGCCAACACCUAACCCGGCACCUAAGAGACGCUACGAAGCUACACCGUCUGCAGUCACCCACCGACCACUAGCGCCGCACACUGAUGUCGAGCACCCAGAGGAUGGCCGCCUAGGGCAGGGUCAAAAGAAAGUUUCAAAUGCCAUGUCGCCGCCGCCCAUGCAGAUGCGUCAAGCGCCUGAUCUUGCCCCCGACCGGAAUCUGGGCAGGUAUCCUCCACUAGCCCAAGCAACUACAGCACCUCUAGCUGCAAUGCCGGACGAUCACUCGCGUGCCAUGCGCCAACCUGGUGGCCCGCCUGCACCUCGUCCAUUUUCCGGGCCUCGUAUGGGAUACUUCACCGAAGAACGUCGUGAGCCGCGGGCCUCCUCAGUGGCAGGGUCACGUGGACAGGACUUACAACCAUCUCCACGAGUCACUGCAGUACAGGGUCCCCCGCAUCCUGAUCUGGCUCGCCUCGAACCCCUGCCUCCUCAGCCCUUGCUGGCUCGUGCAGACCUGCAUGGUCCGGGACAAUACCAACCAUCGACAGCACCACCAAUGUACAUGCAACAAGCCCAACCUGGCGGUCCGGGCCAACCUCCUGUCAUGACAAGUUCGCAUUCUCGACAUCCCAGUAUGAAUGCAGCACCUGGCUCUCCUUCCCAGACCAUGAGACAUACAUCAAAUGUGUCGCCGAUUCGACGAUCUUCGUUUGGUCAAGUUCAACCUCCUGGACACUAUUCAUACGGUACUCCUAUUCAUCCACCAAGUACACUUUCCCCAGUCAAGGAGCCUCCUCGGCCAAGUGUAACGCCUGCUCCACAAGAGCCACCUCGUCAAGUUCCUGCUAAGCGUUCAAACAUCAUGAGCAUAUUGAAUGACGAGCCGGAUGACCCUCCUCCACGCAAGCGAUUUGCAAGUGAGAUGGCUUCACCUCGUAUGAGCUAUGGAAAACUAGAGUCUAGUGAUGCACCAAUUUCUCACCUUCGCCAUGAAGAAAAACCUUCGUACUUCACCCCUACACAGGCUUCUCAUGGGCCACCUCCGUCGCAUCAAGGAGGGCGACCAGGGUAUUCCGAGUAUUCACCCUACCCUCCUCCAUCUUUGGGCGGCUCUGCUGCUAGUGGACCAUCAAGUCAUGAUUGGAUGGCAAGAUUUGAUCCGCGGAGUCAAUCUCAACAGCCUGCAGAGUCCGUCCGUGCCACGCCGGCUCCGGCGCCUACUCCAGCUCCUGGCUCUCAGUAUGGCAGCGGAUACCAGCCAUCGUCUAAUAGCCAGCCUCCUACUCCGUCACAGAGCAAUCCAACGAGCUCUUCCCAUCGUGGAUAUCAAGGCUAUCCGCCAUCACAUGGUCAAGGCGUCCCUACACCACCGCUACUAACACCGACUCCACGUGAAGCGCCUCCAUCGAACAAUUCUGUCUACCGUCAUCAAAACGCAUCCCCUCCAACCCGUCAUAGCGUGUUGCCGUACGGUUCUCGCCAGGUUCCAUCUCCAGCCCCGUCUCCAGCUCCUACGUUAAGCAUUCCACCGCCUCGUCAAAACUCCGGGCCAGGUGCUUCCUACAGCCCAUCAAUGACACACCCACAAGCGGCGCAGCCUUCGCAUCCUUUGGGCCCUCAGCAUCGACAUUCUCAUAGUGGCCAUCAAGCGUAUCAGCAGCAUGUACAAGCUAUGGUUAGCGGACAGCAGCAGCCGCAGCAACAAUCACAACAAUCUGGUCGACCAUCACUAGGCCUAUCGGGUGGCCCACCCAACACAGCACCAUAUGCAGCCUCCCAACCUGGCGGCGGUCCUCCCCAACCUGCUCAUCCUACACCUCGUCCGGGUGCUCUUAGUAACUCCCCUGCGCAAGCUCUUGGUAUUGGCAGACCCUAUACGCCUCCAUCGGCUGUGCACGCACCUCCCCCUGCACCGACCAUAGGCGGAAUGCUCUACCCGUCGAGUUCUUCUUCUACGAGCCACAUGCAGCACCACACAUCAUACUCUCGCCAUCCAGAGCCUAAUGGACCCGCUCCACCUGGUCACCAUCGCGUAUAUAGUCAAGGCGGCUCACGUCAAUAAUAUUAUAAUGUUAUUAGAUCGGCGGAGAGUUUAUAAAAUUGGACAUUCUCCUUCUCUUUUGUGUUAGUUAUGCGAUUGUAUACCUCACGUCUUUAAUGACAUGUGCAGAGUAGUUUGGUUGUACAA